AUGAUUACGGACGUACAGUUAGCUAUAUUUUGCAACAUCUUGGGAGUUGCACUGUUUUUCUUAGUAUUUCUCUUCCACUACAUAAAUGCGAAUUAUACAAAAUGAAGAAUCAAGAAUUGUAUUAUUCGAAAAAAUGUGCUUAUUGCAGCCUAACCUAUCUGAUCAAUUAUGACAUUUGUAUGUUACUUUCAUAUCAAUCAUAAAAUACAUUCCAUUAUGUUACUUUACAACUUGAAAGUGUUAAGAUUAUUUUCAUGAUGUAUCGCAUAAUAGAUUAAAAUGCUGUCUCACAUUGAGCAAUGUGAUAGCUACAUCAAUUGAAUAUUUCUACCGAAUAAACUAUAUUUUCAUUUGUAACA